UGUAUAAGGAAGUAUAUAGCGACAUUUUUGAAAUGUGAACAAAAUGGAUGGUAUGGUUUUCGUCAUAUUUCUGACUUUUGUCUGUUUAUCAGUCACGUUCGACCCUAAUAUGUGUAGUUCAGGAAUAUGUUGUUUCAACUAUAUCCUACACAAUAACAGAUGUGCAGAAUGUGAAGCAGGAACGUAUCUUAUAAACUGCAGUCAAACAUGUCAUGAUGGAUAUUAUGGCAGAUUUUGUAAGGAAAAGUGUUCUCAAGCUUGUAAUGAAACAUGCAAUAAGGUCAACGGACGAUGCCCAGACGUAGACAACAAUAGCACAGAGGAAAACAUCGCGAAGACAAUAGAGGAUUUCCUGAAGGAAAGAUUGUGGGUAAUUGCCGGCGUGUCCUCUGUUCUCGUUAUUCUAACCUGUGGGUGUAUCGGAGUCUUCUUCUUCUGCAAAAUAUGCAAAUGUGUUGGAAAGAAAAGAAGAACACUGGGACAAAAUCCCAACCAGGACACACAGCCAUCGUAUAGUGUGCGGUAUGAGAGUGAUAGAGACAUACAGGACUUCUCCGCUAACAUUACCCGACCUCCACCGACCAAUGAUAAUGGAUCUGCUAAUGGAUCAGCCAAUAAACAUGUACCCGAGACACCUAACGUUGAAAACAGUAAGCCUAGAACAAAGAAACGAUACAGCCUGAUCCGUAAAGUCACUGUGUCCCAGGAAGUGACGUCAUGUUCCAAUAUGUCUGAGGAAGACGAUGAUGUGUUCGACAGUGAUGAGUGUGAUGACUAUACAAAUACUUGUGGCGGCGUACAGAUCUCAGGACUUCCAUCAAAGCAGUCCUCCUUUGACACGUUUCUGUCUCCAUACGAUAGCUCACAGUCAGGAAAUGAUGACAACAGAGCGUAUGGGAAAUUAUGGAGAUGACAGCAAUAACACAUCUUCUUGUGUACGGAAAUAUACAUGAUAUUUCCUUUGAUUAUACUGUAAUCAUUUCAGUGGGAUUCAAAUUUUGGCUACUUCAGAGGUGAUAUCUUUCAGAAUAGCUGUGUUUAUCUUUUCUUACACAGACAAAUCGCUGAAUCAUGAUUAUGCCAAUUAGUCCAACAGCUCCUACUGAUGCCCUAAAAUAAGUAGACGAACAGGAAAUGGCAGCAAUUCUUCAUAAACAGCAACAAAAAAUGUUUGUCUUUCAGAAUAAGGCAGUGAAUUCCAUUGGUCGAGGGCUUAUCACGUGAAGGAGACAACUCGUGAUACCCCCUCACGUGUAGAGUGACAACUGUGUCCCUCCCUGUAGACGAUACAGUUUUGAUAGCGCAAGACAGAGAGAUAGCACUCUAAUGAUAUGUAGGACCAUUCUAAUAGUGACGUCAUUGUCAACAUUAAUGAUCACAAAUAACCCUAUUGCGAAGAUAGAUAUGCUUUGUUUAACAUAUACAUCUAAUAAAUUAUAACAUUGAGAUUAAACCAAAACACUACAUGAAGUUGGGGUAACAUUAAUACAUGUAUCACCGUUCGAAAACCAGUGAACAUUUAUUUAAUUUUUUUGCAGAAAAAAUUGUUCCGAUUUUGUUGACGUUUUAAAUAAUAAAUCAA